AUGAAAGUGUGUGAAAAAGUUCAGUGGAAAGGUACAACAUCAUAUAAUGAAGUAGCUGAAGAACUGGUAUCACAGUUCACCAAUUCAAAUAAUCAUUUGGCAGCUGAUUCACAGGCUUAUGAUCAGAAGAACAUUAGGAGAAGAGUUUAUGAUGCUUUAAAUGUGCUAAUGGCAAUGAAGAUAAUGUCAAAGGAAAAAAAAGAAAGCAAGUGGAUUGGUCUGCCUACCAAUUCUGCUCGGGAAUGUCAAAAUCUGGAGAUAGAGAAGCAGAGGUGGAUAGAAUGGAUAAAGCAGAAGUGGGCCCAGCUGCAAGAACUUCUCCUACAGCAAAUUGCUUUCAAAAACCUGGUACGGAGAAAUCCACAAAAUGAACAGCAAAACCAGGGCCCCCCAGCGCUCAACUCCACCAUUCAGCUGCCAUUUAUAAUCAUCAAUAUCAGCAGAAAGAUGGUGAUAGAUUGCAGCAUCUCCAGUGAUAAGUUUGAAUAUCUUUUUAAUUUUGACAACACCUUUGAGAUUCACGAUGACAUAGAAGUACUGAAAGGGAUGGGGAUGUCCUUUGGCCUGGAGUCAGGCAAAUACUCUCCGGAGGACCUGAAACUGGCUAAAUUGGUGGUGCCAAAGGCUUUAGAAAGUUACAUCACAGAUAUCUCCACAGGACCUUCUUGGUUAAAUCAAGGACUACUUUUGAACUCUGCCCAAGCAGCAUCAAAUUUAGACUUGACCACGGGUGCAACCUUACCCCAAUCAAGUGUAAACCAAGGGUUAUGCUUGGAAGCUGAAGUGGCCUUAGCAACCGGGCAGUUCCUUGCCCCAAACAGUCACCAGUCCAGCAGUGCGGCCUCUCACUGCUCUGAGUCCUGA